UUAGUCUGAAGUGUUGGACAUUAUGAACUUCUCUGUGUAUCAAUCUCAUGAGCUACAUGAUGAUCAGCCUCGGCAUUGGUGGUGAACAUUCCCACGCGGCUGGAUGUCCAUUGUGACUGGUUCACAUUCUUCAGCUCUGUGGUUUUGUCAAAAGGGUCUAAGGCUUUAGGGUCAAAGUUCAAGAGAGUUGGGGUAAAGGCUAAAGAGAGCAGCUGAUGUGGGCGUGUCCCAUCCGACAAAGAGAUCAGCUGGAUACUUCAGUGAGGAGUCUCACAGCUGACGACGGUUGCGUGGACUGCUGUAUAAAGUGUUUAGGAGGCGUUCCCUACGCGUCGCUAUUGGCCACCAUUCUGUGUUUCUCUGGUGUUGCUCUGUUCUGUGGCUGUGGACAUGUGGCCCUGAGCGGCACUCUGACCAUCCUGGAGAACAACUUCUACAGGAACCCCAGUGAAACCAGCAUGCUCACUGACAUAAUAUAUCUUUUACAGUAUGUGAUUUAUGGCAUUGCUUCAUUCUUCUUCCUCUACGGGAUCAUCCUGUUGGCUGAGGGAUUUUACACCACCAGUGCAGUGAAGGAGCUGCACGGAGAGUUUAAGACCACCAUCUGCGGCCGCUGCAUCAGCGCCAUGUUUGUGUUCCUCACGUAUGUUCUUGGAGUUGCUUGGCUCGGAGUUUUCGGGUUUUCCUCGAUCCCAGUUUUCCUGUUUUACAACAUUUGGUCCACGUGUGCAUCCAUGGCCUCCAGCUCUCCAGCCAACUCCUCUGUUUGUGUGGACAUGCGGCAGUACGGCAUUAUUCCAUGGAACGCCACUCCAGGAGUCGCUUGCGGUUCGACGCUUCUCGACAUCUGUAACUCUAACGAGUUCUACUUGUCCUACCACCUGUAUAUAGUUGCGUGUGCUGGAGCCGGAGCCACCGUUAUCGCCAUGAUCCACUACCUUAUGAUCCUCUCGGCGAAUUGGGCCUACCUAAAGGACGCGAGUCAAAUGCACGCGUACCAAGACAUCAAAACCAAGGAGGAGCAAGAACUGCAGGACAUCCAAUCACGUUCAAAAGAAUGCCUCAAUUCCUACUCGUAAGACCCCUGUUAACAUCGGCAAAAAAGAAAGGAAUGAAAACCUUUCGGUCGACGCCACGAGGCUAACUAACGCAGCUUUCACCACCUCAGCUAACACUCGCGUCCGUCUGCACUAACCCUCACGUCCACGCUCCCUCCACCUGUCUUCAGGUCUCUUCACUUUACUCUUUAUUUGAUCUAGUGUUAUUAAAUUGUUCCUCUGUUCACAACAGGACAAAAAUUUAAAUAUUUCCUGAAAGUUUGUAGAAUUUUGUUAUUUGUUAGUUACGUUUUGAUCCAAGUUUUAAUCAAAGCAAUGUUAAGAGCCUUAUGACAAACAGGAUUUAAUUUUUGAAAAUAAAUUUAAUGGCAUUUUGGGUUUUGUUGAAUUGGAACAUAGGUUGUUUUUUUUUUUGGAAAAUCCGAAAAAGUGAAUUUGUACAAUUUUAAAUGCUGUGUGGCUGAAAAACUGUGAUUCCCCCCCCCCAACCCAUAAAAAAAAAGAAUAGAAAUGAUCUACCUCAGUGGAGCUCAGUGACUGUUAACCACUCAGUUUACUUCAAUAUGGCUGGAAAAUUGUUUUAGGAAACAAUUUUUUUGUUUAAAUUUUUUUCCCCAACCAGGAAUAAAUAAAAAUAAUAAUAAAAAAAAAAUGUAAAAAGAUUUUAAAAAAUCUUUUUAAUUCCUAGCUGGUGUAAAAUACACAGUAAUUUUCUGAAGUUUCUGAAACUGUAUUGAAAAAUAGAAAAAUGUUUAGUUUUCUCCCAGAGUAAUUUUUGAAGUGCAGUGAAUAAAUUCACUCACAUUUUCACGACUAGAAUUUUUUUUUUACUGUAAUUUUACAAUAAAUACUGAUGAUAAUCUCGUUUUACGUGGACCAAGAUUAUUUAAAAACAAUUAAAAAUUGUUUAAAGGUAAGUGAGAAAAAUUGGGAGCGUUACACAAAUAAUUUUCACACAAAUAUUAAAAAUGUCAGAAGAGUUAAAACUUUUUUUUUUUCUUGUUUAAAUCCAGAAGUUAUCUGGAUUUUUGUUUGUUGUUAUAAAGACAGGAAUAAGAUGAUUUUUAGAUUUAGAGACGUUUAUCGUUUCCAUGCUGAACAUUUUUAACAUCAUUUUUUUUUUUUUUUUUCUUCAUGGCCUCAAAUGUCUGUAACUAUUUUAGUGCUGCUGUUAAGAUCUUUUUCUUAAUGACUCGGUUAUAUUUUUGACAGCGAAAGUUGUUUGUUAGAAAUUUAUAAAAAAGACCUUUCAUUUUUAGAAUUUCACCUAGUAUACAGUUUAUUUUUUGUUAGUAUUUCUUUUUUUUUUUUUUUGAAGCUCUGUGUAACUCUAAUCUGUGGAGAAACGCUUCAUGGUUUUUAGACAUGUUUAUAUUUUGUUUUAAGUACAAAUAAAGUCCUUUUUACUGUUCCUGCAGUUCAAAAGGCAGUAAACUGUUACAGAAAGUAUUUUUGUAAAGUCUUCCUAAAGCAUUUUGUUGCUGUUUGAGUUAGAAGAUAAUUACAGGACUUUUUACAGGACUGUUUACUUAGUGAUACUUUUGCAUUGAGAAAAGAAAAUCUACAAAAAAAAAAGUGUAGUUGUUUGUACUGAUGAUUAGAGUAGACGGCGUUUACCUUUUUCUCUUUUUUAACUUCAUUGUUGACUUUCAACUGGAGAGUGAGCUUUUAAACAGGUUUAGAAGUGUGUGUGUGUGUGUGUGUGUUGGAUGGGGUAUGGAACUGAAGCCUGUUGUUGAUGGAGUUUCUCCUGAUCUCCAGUUUGAUGUAUUUGGUAUUCGAUGUGUGAGAAUUAGACGAUGGCAUCCAUUGCGUGAAUUUUAUCCUAAAGUUGAAUAAACCUGAUUUGAAAAGGUUUAAAAAAAUAAAUGUAAAAACAUUUUCAACAAAUUCUAGGAUUAUUUCAAGACAAAUUUUUUUGUGUUUAUCAGCAGAAGCAGAAACCCAGAUGUUUUGUCAGUAAAAGUGAAGCGUGAGAGCGACUAACGCUCUAAACUUCUGUUUAAUUCACCUGUGGAACUCAGUUUAUUAACCAAUCUGCUAAAGUUUGUUUUUUAAUGAAAAAUAAAAACACUUAUCAGACUCUGA